AUGCUGAAAACCGCACUCCUGGGCCAUAGUGCAACCCGAGUGCCCCCAAAAGUGAAGGACCUCGCACUUGGCAGCAUUCGCGGCCAUACUCGCCGAUUUCAACUACCAACGGGCAAGGCGGCCGCCGGAGAGCCGGAAGUAAAACUGUCGGCGGCGGAGGCGGCACCAAGGUCGCCAUUGCUGGAUGGCUUUGUACGAGUAGAGCUGGACGAGCAACUGGCUGCUGCCGCCGCCGCCGCCACUUACUCUCUGAUGUCGGGUGGCAAGGCGGCGGGCAGGAGGGGGGGUGCCGGAUCGCCGGCGGCGGCGGUGGUGGUGCUGGUGCCGGCAGUGGGGUUGAGCUUUACGGGCGGGGCGGCCAUAAUCCCCGAACCGCUCCCUCCAGCCCCGGGGCGCCCUUGGUUCGGGCACGCGGGCAGCAAGCUCAUCACCGAGGCAUGGCUGCGGAGCCUACCCCGGCGGUUGGUACCGCUGCACCACUUGCUUGCUUGCGGCGGCGGGUAUCGGAACAGUGGCCCAUGGGAGUGUUCGGAGGAACUGGCACAGCUGACUGUGGCAUUACACGGCAGCGCGGUUACAGACAGCUCAUCCGUCACCUACGAGUCGGGGUGGCGACACUUUGUACACUUCUGCACAGAGGUCGCAGGGGUGCCGGAGGCGGGCGCCCUGCCCCGCCAGCGUGGGUCUGACCUCAAUCGGGACCUGGUCUGUCUGUUCAUAGCGCAUGCAGUUGGCCGGUACACGGCCUCCACCGUCAUCGGCACGCUGAGCACCCUGGCGGACUGGCAGUGGUUCAUGGGAGUCUCGCCAGAGGCAUAUAUCAGCCGCGACCCGCUGGUCAAGCGAACCCUGGGCCAAGCGUUGCUGCGAGGCUGGAGUCGGCAUCGACCAAGACGAAGGCACCCCUGCCCCUGGGGGUGCUGA